UUAAAAAAUCAGAAAUGUCUUUUCCUGCAAAAUCAACAAUUAUUUUGGCUUUUGGAAUGUUUGUUAUUAUCAGUAUUAUGUUAUAUCUAAAAGUUGAUUCUAAUGAGAGAAGACGGCAGGCUACUUAUGGAGAGUCUAAUGUUAUGAAUGAUAAUUCAAUACAAAAAUUGGAAGAACGUUUGGAAUCUUUAAAUAAAGACGCUCAAAAUAAUAAAAAAUUAUUAAAUAAAAUCGAAUCAAAAAUUGAAAAUUCGAAAAAUAAAGAAGAGAAAAAUGAAGAUUUUUAUGUAAAUAAUGAUGGAGGGGGAAAGGAUUUAAAUGAAAAUAGUAAAAAGAUUAAUAGACAUACUUCUUCCAAUAAUUCCCUUCAAUUUUGUUCUGCUAAAAAUCAGUCAUUGGCGCACAAUGCUGUUAGCGAUGUUCAGAUGUUAUCAGUUUAUGAUAUUCUGCCUUUCGAUAACCCAAAUGGAGGUGUUUGGAAGCAGGGAUGGCCAAUUACUUAUGAUCAUCAAAAAAUAAAAGAAGAAAAACGACUUGAAGUUAUUGUUAUUCCACACUCUCAUUGUGAUCCAGGUUGGAUAAAAACUUUUGAAAAAUAUUACGAAGAUCAAGUCCAAAAUAUUCUCAAUUUUAUGGUCACUCAUUUAACUCAAAAUAAAGAUUUAAAAUUUAUUUUUGCCGAAAUAAGUUUUUUUGAACUUUGGUGGUCUAAACAAACAAAUAAAAUUCGAGAAAAAGUUAAACAACUUUUAAUUAAUGGACAAUUUGAAAUUGUGACGGGUGGGUGGGUAAUGACUGAUGAAGCAAAUGCUCAUUAUUAUUCGAUUAUUAUGGAAUUAUUUGAAGGACAUGAAUUUUUGAAAAAUCAAUUGGAUUAUACACCUCGCAAUCAUUGGUCAAUCGAUCCUUUUGGUUUAAGCCCAACAUUAGCAUAUUUAUUAAAUCGUUCUAAUUUUACCCACAUGGCUAUUCAAAGAGUACAUUAUUCUGUUAAAAAAUAUUUGGCACAAAAAAGACAAUUAGAAUUUAUUUGGAGGCAAUUAUUUGCUGGAAAGUCAACAUCUACAGAUAUUAUUACACAUAUGUUUCCUUUUUAUUCAUAUGAUGCUCCUCAUUCUUGUGGGCCUGAUCCGAAGAUUUGUUGUCAAUUUGAUUUUCGAAGACUUAGAGGUCUUUUAACUUGUCCCUGGGGCGUCGAUGCAUCUCCAAUUACGCCCUCAAAUGUCGAAGAACGUGCUCAAUUACUUGCUGAUCAGUACAGGAAAAAAGCACAAUUAUAUGGGUUUAAUACAAUUUUGGUUCCACUUGGAGAUGAUUUUAGACUUGGUAAUGGACAUGGACUUUGGUAUUUGUAUUCGAAUAUUUACGACGGAUACAGGCGGAUAUCCGCAGGCAUUUUGAAAUUAUCGGUAUCCUUAUCCAUUUCCAAGUCUGCUUUAAAUCCAAAAAAAGUAUGUACUUUUCUUAUCACAAUUUUUUUCAGAUAUGAUAUUGAAAGAGAAUGGACAGAGCAAUAUACAAAUUACAAAAAACUUUUUGAUUAUAUAAAUUCAAAAAGUGAAUGGAAUAUAAAUGCUCGUUUUGGGACACUUUCUGAUUAUUUUGAAGUUUUAGAGCGUCGAUUAAAUGAAAAAGAAGAAGAAAAUUUGAUUGAAAAAGAGCAAGGGAAAUAUCGACAUAAUGUUGGAAAAAAGGGAAAAAGAGGAGAAGGAGGGCUUCCUUCUCCUUUACCUAUUUUAUCUGGAGAUUUCUUUACUUAUUCUGAUAGAGAUGAUCAUUAUUGGAGUGGUUAUUUUACUUCUAGACCUUUUUAUAAACAUUUGGAUAGAAGUUUACAACAUUAUUUAAGAGCUGCAGAUAUAUUCUUUUCUUUGGUUAAUUGGAAGGGAAAAAUGCCAACAAAUAUUUCUACACUCUACAACAGUAUAGUCAAUGCAAGACGUGCCCUUAGCCUUUUUCAACACCAUGAUGGGGUAACUGGCACGGCUAAGUCACAUGUAAUGGAUGAUUAUGGAGAAAAAAUGGCACAAGCCCUUUCUGAUACAAAAAAUAUAAUUGCAAGGUCAUCAGAAUUUCUUCUGGGAAUUACCCCAAAAGAAGCCAAUCAACAACAAAAAUUCAAAAUUGAUUUGGAACAUUUUAAAAAUAAAUUGGCAGAGAAAAUAAUUAUUAAAGAAGAGUCAACAUUAAUUAUUACAAAUUCACUUGGACAUUUUAGAAAAGAAAUUGUUUGUGUUUAUGUAAAUAAUAUUAAAUUAAAAAUUGUUGGAAAUGAUGGAAAAACAAUUUUACAACAAAUUGAACCAAUUUUCUACACGGAUAAUUUAAAGGAAUUAUCAAUUUAUAAAGACAAAUAUUCUCUUUGUUUUGAAGUUGAAUUACCCCCUUUUGGAUUAAUUACUUUAAAUGUUUUGGAAAGUGAAAAUGUUGAAAAUAAAGUUAAAUUACAAACUUUUAAAACAAAUAUUGAAUCGAGAUUAUUUGAAUUAACCUCAAUUAAAGAAAAUCAACAACAAUUAUAUCUGUCAAAUAAUUACAUAAAAUCAUUUUUCGAUCCAAUAACUGGUUACCUUAAGUCCAUUAAAGACAAUAAUGGGGAAGAAUUGGAUAUUUUUCUUUCUUUUGUUCGUUAUGGGGCGAGAGGGAAAAAUCCCGCAAGAACGGAUGGAGGCGAUUCUUUGUCUGGAGCUUACCUUUUCCUUCCUGACGGCCCAGCUGUUGAAUUGGAAUCAAAUAAAAAUCAAUUUGUAAUUGUUAAAGGAAUUGUUAGAGAAUAUAUUUUUGUAAAUGGUCCCCCAGAUUUCGGAAUUAAUCACCAAUUAAUUUUGGAUAAAAAUUCAAAAACCUUUACUUUAUUAAAUCAUGUCAAUAUGGAAUCUUCUUGGUUAUCUAAAUCAUCUAAAAGUUCAAAAAAUUUUGAAUUAGCCAUGAAACUUAAAAUUCCUUCAAUUAAACAAGACAAUUUUUAUACAGAUUUGAAUGGGUUUCAGAUGAUAAGACGUCGAAAACAAAAUAAUUUACCUCUCCAAGCCCAUUUUUACCCAAUGCCUGGAUCUGCUUUUAUUGAAAAUUCGAAUGAUAUUCGUGUUUCUCUUUAUGGAAGGCAAGCUUUGGGUGUUGCUAGUUUGGAAUUGGUAAUGUUAGACCGUAGAUUAUUACAAGAUGAUGAUUUGGGACUUGGACAGGCAGUAGAUGACAAUAUUAGGGCAGAAAGCCAAUUUCUCUUAAAUAUUGAAAGAUUUACUGCUACGAGGUCUGUCUCAAAUGACACUGUUGGAUUUCACUCUUUAUUAGGAGAAUAUGCUUCUCUCAAACUUCUCUAUCCACCAAUUAUUCUUUUUAGCCAAAAAACUUCAUUGCCUACAAAUUCAUUUUCUGGCCUUAAAAAUCCAUUCCCUUGUGACAUUCACCCCGUCGCUUUUCGAACACUUAGCGAGUCAACAAUUUAUGGAUUGAGAAACACAAUAAGAGAUACUUCUCCAAAAUAUGAGGCUGCUUUGGUAUUGAGAAGAUUUGGAAUUGAAUGUACUUUGGAUUCUUCUCUUGAUGAUAACAAUUGUGGAGUAAAUACUUUGAAGGGAGGAGAGUUCAAUUUAUCGGAUAUUUUCAUCCAAACGCCAAAGUCAUUUAAUAAAGGAACCCUAACUUUGUUAGAAGAUACAAAAAAUGAUACCUCAAAUGACAACGGAAAAUUAAAUAUGGAACCAAUGGAGGUGCUAACAGUUAAAGUAUCAUUUUAA